AUGCGAAGCUACUCGGGCAAGAUCCGCUCCAAGCCGCUCUGGUGGGAGAAGAUCCACGACGCGACCAUCGUGGCCAGAUGGCGGGAGGAGAUGGUCGCACAUGAUUGUGAGAACGUGGAGCGCUAUUGGGGAGGGGCUCACCGCUUCAGGCUCUACAUGAAGAGGCCGAAGGAACCGUGGCCGCGCGAUCCAUUGAGCGAGACGCAAAUAACCUAUAUCUUCGACGAGCUGCGCUACGAGGCUGCGAGGCGUGACCCAGCCACGGGGAUCUUUGCGAGCGCCAUCCGCAAGGUCUACGAAUCCCAUUCUCUCGUCGAUGCCAGUAUCAAGGAGCAGCUCAUGCGCGCUGCUGCUCUCUUCGAGAAUGUUCCGGAGGACGAGAAGGACUGGCACCCUGGCGCCGACGGACAAGUCCUCGACCUCGUACACCCGUCCCUUUACCCCGUCUGCAUCGGUCACAGCUUGUUGCGCAUGGCUGGCCCUGUGAGCAGACCGCCCAAGCUCAUGCUGCUUGACAACGACAAGUACAUCAGCUCGCGCCCUGACCUCCAGGAAGAGAGCGACUACGCCGUCUCUCAAGCUUACCAGUGGCUCCCAACGGACUUCUCGGUCAGUGCGGACGGAGAAGUCACCGCGCUCGAUUACAUCAACAACGCCCACCCUUCCCGGCAUCGCGCGCUCUACCCCGUCGUCACUUCUCUCGUCGCGCGCUUCGUUCCCAUGUUCGAGCGCGUGCUCUCCGACGCCCUGUCCCCGGAAUACGCAUCGCCGAUCCACGAAGCACCCCACGAAUGGUACGACCACAUCGACGUGCAUUCGCCGGUAUGGGAUCCAGAGGACCAUGAUAGCUACAGAAAGCUCUGGGAAGCAUGGGCGGCGCAACACAGGUGGCCUCUGAUCCCUGAACCCGAACCAUUCGCGCCCCCGUCCGCGGACAGCCGCGUGUCCUUCACGCUCAAGGGGCGCACGGUGCAGGCGAUCGUCAAGCUCGCCAACAUCCACCUCACACCGGAAAAGCCGACGUACCCCGGGGGCUCGUGGCACGUCGAAGGGAUGGCGAACGAGCGGAUCGUCGCGACGGGGCUCUACUACUACGCGAUGGAGAACGUGACCGAGAGCCGGCUCGGGUUCCGGAUGCGGGUCGGCGGGGGCGACUACGGGAUAGACCUCUCGUACGAGCAGAGUGACCACAACGGGUACGUCGUCGCGUACGGCUUCGGGCAGGACGACGCGCUGAACCAGCCGAUCGGGCACAUCGUCGCGGCGGAGGGCAAGUGCGUCGCGUUCCCGAACGUGUACCAGCACCGGGUCGAGCCGUUCGAGCUCGCGGACAAGACGCGGACCGGCCACCGGAAGAUCAUCGCGCUCUUCCUCGUCGACCCGACGAUCCGGGUGCUGUCGACGACGGACGUGCCGCCCCAGCAGCGGGAGUGGGCGCUGGCGGAGGCGGUGAGGGCGCCUGCGAUGCAGAAUCUCCCGCAGGAGCUGUACGACGAGAUCGUGGCGUUCGCGGAGGGUGGGUUGAUGUCGCGGGAGGAAGCGGAGGAGCAUCGCCAGAAGCUCAUGGCGGAGCGGUCGGUCUUCGUGGACGGUCACAACGAGAAUAGAUUCGAGGAGGGGUUCAACAUGUGUGAGCAUUGA